UAUUAACACUGGAGGACUGUCAUCACAGGCACCAUCCCUGACGUUACUCAGCUGCAGAGAUGGAUCUUCAAGGAGAAAACAACUCAGAACUGAAUCUGGCUGAGGACUCCAGGAGACAGAAAAGGAAAGGCAAGGACAAGAAAAGUUCCAUUUUACAAAUCGAACAGCAAAUGUCCUCUGUGGAAAUAGAGUAUCAAAAUGCUUCUCACGAUCUUCAAGGGAAUGACAAGGACCAUCACACAGAUUCACCAUCCCCACCAGAGAAGCUCAUUGCUGGGAUCCUGGGAGUCAUCUGCUUUGUCUUGAUGUACAUUUUAGUAAGAAUGGUUCUCUCAAUACAUGAUACUUCCUCAGCAAUUCAUUGUGGUCGAUGUCCACCAGAGUGGUUCACAUACUCCAACAACUGCUAUCACAUCAGCACUGAAGGAAAAACAUGGAAUGAGAGCUUGAUGGCCUGUGCUUCUAAGAGCUCUAACCUGCUCUAUAUAGAUAAUGAAGAAGAAAUGAAUUUUCUGAACAUUUUCAAAAUACAUCCAUGGACUGGACUGUCCCAGAGAAAUAAUACUGAUUCUUGGGGGUGGACAAUUGGCACAACUCUCUCUUCUGAACUAUUUGCAAAAACUUCAGAGUUGGACAAGAAUUGUGUAUAUUUGGAUUCUAACACACACAAGUUCUAUUCUGAAUCCUGUCUAGUAAACAGAAAAUAUAUUUGUAAGCACCAGUCACAUUCACUCACCUAA